AUGCUGCCUCCGCCAAUCGACCCCACGACAGUCAUCCAUCUCGCGGCCCUGUGGAAUUGGAACAGACUGCAGCGAACGAUCGAACGUCGAGUCUACAUCCGAGCCAAACGGGUGGCAUUCAUCUGCCCCGAGCGCUGGGAGCCAUGGAACGAUGACCGGCUACCUCCGGUGCGAUUCCUUGAAUAUUUCAGAAUGUCCCGGGCCAAUUUUGCAUGGCUUUGUGAAGAGCUGCGGGGGACUUUGGACCAGGAUCACCUCCGCCGGGGAGCUCCUUUAACCGUCGAGGCGCAAGUUGCGGCUCUCCCGCUGUUACUGAUCAUCCAUUAUCAACGCCUCGGAGGCGUCCCCAACCUGCAGGGCAGCCACAGCGCCGCGAGUGACGCCUAG